GAUGGCAUGUAUGCCCUUCAACAUGCAUCUCCUGGUCAGCCAUUGCUGCCUGAGUCCACCAUCCAGCCACCAAUGGCUGUUCCCUCCAGCCAGCCACUGCUCACACUGUGUUCCACUGAACCAAGGUUCUCUGUGCCUUCUAUUCUGCCACCACUGCCUGAAUCCUCCACCCAGCCAUUACUUCCUGUUCACUCCAGCCAGCCACCAGUCACCAAUCACAGGGUUUAGAAACCCUGUUUUUUCAAGAUGAAGAACCACUCACUGCUUCACCUGCCCAGGAACCAAUCAUUAUUCUUGAUGAAUAAGAGGAGCCAGUUUCACAAAAUCUGUCUCCCCAAUCACUACAUGACCUCAAAGGACCCGUGAAUGAGAUUGAUCUACAGACCAUACUGAAAAAACUAGUCAGCAAAGUUGAUGGAAGCUCCUGCCCAACAAGCAACCAAAUAAAUGUAUGUAGGAAUAACAUUUUCCUGGGUAGCUUGCGGGCAUUCAAACGUAGGCACUUUAACCCUGAAGCAAAGUUAGACGUUGUGUUUGUGGAUGAAAAUGACAAUGCUGAAGGGGCAGUUGAUGAAGGUGGCCCAACAAGAGAAUACUUAAGGCUGUUGAUGAGGGCCAUCCAUGAGUCAAACGUCUUUGAGGGCCAUGAGAAGAACCGGCAGUUGUGCCUUGAUACUCAAGCUUUGCAGACAAAACUGUACACAGUCGUGGGAAAAAUGAUAGCUGUGUGUGGUGUUCAUGGAGGAGUUGGUCCACACUUUUUCUCCGAAAGGCUUUUUCAGAAGAUCUGUGGAUUACCAACACCUCCUACCAUGGUAGAUGAAGUUGGUGACCAUACCUUCAGGGAACAAUUAAUCAAAAUAAAGGAAGCAAUGACCACCCAGGAGGCGAACAGUGCCAUUGCAGAGGCAGCAGACAGUCUCAGCAUUAUACAGUAG